AUGGCUUUUCGGGCGCUGCUGUCGCAGCCGCAGCCGCAGGGCUGUGGGGCCCCCCCCUCGGGGCCCUCCAUUUCUGGGGCCUCUUCAAACCCUCUGACUUCUUUCCUGAGUUCCGUGACACAAGACCCCCUCAGGACUCAGCAGCUGACGGAAGGGUACGAUUUAAGUGGCCUCCAGGGGCCCCUGGGGGACCAGCUGGGGGCCCCCCUAGGGGCCCCCAGGGGGGCCCCCCUGGGGGCCCCCCAGCAGCAAAAGGGGCCCCUGGGGGCCCCUGCUGCUGCUGAAGCAGCAGAAGAUGUGUUUAUACCCCCUGCUGACGCAGCAGCAGCAGAAAGAGCAGCAGCAAGAAUUGCUCCUGAAGCUCGGGGCGUCGAGGGGCUUUUGUCCAGCAGCACUGCAGCAGCAGCAGCAGCAGAAGCAGCAGCAGAAGCAGCAGCAGAAGCAGAGCUGCUGCGCUCUUCUCACUUCAGAGAGCACUUUCUGCACCCUGCAGCAAGGCAGCAGCAGCAGCAGCAACAGCAGCAGCAGCAGCAGCAACCGCAGCAUGGGCCCUCUGCGUGGGCCGCAGAAUUCCUUACUCGACAGCAGCAGCAGCAGCAGCAGCAGCAGCAGCAGCAGCAGCUGAAGCGCUUUGGCGGAGACACGGGGCUGGUGCAGCAGUGGGCCAAGGAGUUCGGGUCACUCUCCCUGGGGGGUCCCCCACCAGCCCAGCAGCAGCAGCAGCAGCAGCAGCAGCAGCAGCAGCAGCAGCAGCUGUUUGGGGCCCCCCUCUUUGUCAGUGGGGCCUACGAGGCCUCCCAAAGACUUGCUGCUGCUGCUGCUCCCCGGCCUCCCUUUGGGGCGCAGCUGCCGCUGCAGCAGCAGUUUCCUUUCCACCUAUUCUUCCAGCAGCAGCAGCAGCAGCAGCAGCAGCCGCAGCAGCCGCAGCAGCAGCAGCAGCAGCCGCAGCAGCAGCAGGAACAACAGCAACAGAAAGAGCAGCCACAGGAAGUGCUGCAACAACCCGAAAUUUUUGACCCAUUGUUGUCGGCGGAGGGGGAGCCAGUGGACUGGGACACGGUGCUGGCAGCCAAAGAAGUGCAGCAGCAAAACCCUGAUGAGGGUUUUGCUGCUGAGGGUUUUGCUGCUGAGGGUUUUGCUGCUGCUGCUGCUGCUGCUGCUGCUGCUAAAGACCCCCAGGAGGCCCCCAGUGACUUCGAAGCCUCGCUGCGCGAAUUAGAAGAAACAUGGAAAAGAGCCCACGCCAACGGUGAAAUUGACGCUGAAGAGCUGGGGCUGUUUCAGUCCAUUUUCAAGUCUGAAGACAUGGAAAGAAUUCUCGAGCAAGACCCCAAGGAAAGGGCUGGCUUGUGCGUGUUUCCAGACGAAAUGUUUGAUGUUUCCAUGGGAGAUGCUACAGAGGGCGAGGAGGCGUUGUUGAGUUUCAGCAGAGAAAACCCUUAUUUAGGGUUUGGCGAGGGUUUGGAAGCAGCAAACAAAUUAAUAAAAGAAGGAAAGCUGCAGCAGGCGGUUUGGGUUUUGGAAGCAGAAGUUCAGAAAAACCCUAGCAGCAGCGAGGGUUGGCGGCUGCUUGGCCAGUGCCACGCGGACAGGGAGCAGGAUGUAGAGGCGAUUCACUGCUUGAAGAAAGGCCACAGCGUUGACCCUUACAACCUUGACAGUCUGAUGGCUCUUGGGGUUUCUCUCACCAACGAGCUGGAUGUAUCUCAAGCCCUUCUUUAUCUGCGAACUUGGUUGACAAACCACGACGAUUUCCAGAACCUGCCGGGCCUUUCCGAGCGACCGCCGGAGGACUUUCACCUGCUGAAGGCAGAACUGGUGUCUCUCUUCGAAGCAGCACUGCAGCAGCCAGAAGCAGCAGCAGCAGCAGCAGCAGCAGAACUGCAUUCAGCUUUGGGGGUUUUGUACAACAUUGACAGGCACUACGACGAGGCCCUGCUGCACCUGGCAGAAGCCCUGAAGCACGCGAAAGAAGAAGCAGCAGCUUCUUUGUGGAAUAAAAUUGGAGCCACUUUGGCCAACUCCGGAAGAUCUGCUGCUGCUCUCGUGGCUUAUUCUCAAACCCUCAAGUUGAAGCCAAACUACCCGCGGGCUUGGACCAACAUGGGGGUGGCCAAGGCCAACCUCGGGCAAAUGGAAGAAGCCCUGCAGCACUAUUUGGUGGCCCUCGAGCUAAACCCUGCAGCAACUCAUCUUUGGGUUUGGGCGGCUGCUGCAGAUCGGUAUGACUGGAUUAGCCUCACUGACAACCGGGAUCUUGAGGGUUUGCGGAAAGUGGUGCCGAGAGGAGAUGCCCCCCCUAUAUCUUCCCUAAUUGCUCCCGGCGAUCCCGAAGCAGCAGCAAAUAACUCGAAGGUGCUGCAGCAGAUAUUUGAUAUGCUGAAAUGA